AGGACAUUUGAUCACACAAGCUUUGGAAUUCUUUUGGGGACCUAAUCCGGAAACUGAUCAGCAGCACCCUGAUUCUGAGCCUCUGCUCCUUGGAAUCGCUAGGAGAUGAGCACCUCCCUUAAUUUUAAGUCUUUUUCCAAAGAACAGCAAACUAUGGAUAACUUAGAGAAGCAACUUAUUUGUCCCAUAUGUUUAGAGAUGUUUACCAAGCCGGUGGUUAUCCUUCCCUGUCAGCACAACCUCUGCAGAAAAUGUGCCAGUGAUAUCUUCCAGGCCUCAAACCCAUAUCUGCCAACCAGAGGAGGCACCACUGUGGCAUCCGGGGGGCGAUUCCGCUGCCCUUCUUGCAGACAUGAAGUAGUUCUGGACAGACAUGGCGUGUAUGGUCUUCAAAGGAACCUUUUGGUGGAAAAUAUCAUUGAUAUAUACAAGCAGGAAUCUACCAGGCCUGAAAGAAAAACUGAACAGCCGAUGUGUGAAGAACAUGAAGAUGAGAAAAUUAAUAUUUAUUGCCUGAGUUGUGAAGUGCCCACGUGUUCAAUGUGCAAAGUUUUUGGUGCACAUAAAGAUUGCCAGGUUGCACCUCUCUCAAAUGUUUUCCAAAGACAAAAGUCCGAUCUCAGUGAUGGCAUUGCAGUAUUAGUGGGAAGUAAUGACAGAAUACAAGGAAUUGUAAGUCAGUUGGAAGAAACCUGCAGAACAGUUGAGGAAUGCUGCAAAAGGCAGAAAGAGCAACUGUGUGAAAAAUUUGAUUAUUUGUACGCCAUACUAGAAGAAAGAAAAAGUGAGAUGACACAAAUAAUCACUCGGAGUCAAGAGGAGAAAUUGGAACAUGUCCGAUCUCUGAUGAAAAAGUAUGCAGACCAUUUGGAAGCUGUGUCAAAACUGGUGGAAUCAGGCAUCCAGUUUAUGGAAGAGCCAGAGAUGGCCGUAUUUCUACAGAAUGCCAAAGCAUUACUACAAAAAAUCACUGAAGCCUCUAAAGCAUUUCAGAUGGAAAAAAUAGAGACUGGCUAUGAAAAUAUGAGCCACUUCACAGUCAACCUCAAUAGAGAAGAAAAAAUAAUACGAGAAAUUGAUUUUUAUAGAGAGGAAGAAGAAGAUGAGGAUGUGGUUGAAGGCGAAGAAUUUGAUGAAGUCCACACAGAAUCAUCUGGUGAGGAGGAUGAAGUAUCUGAACGGCCAUCUCAGCAACCCCAACAGGAUACUCCACCAACGGACACCCCAGCUGUACUUCAGACUGACUCCGCAGCAUCAGUACCACCUCCAGUGGCAGACGCUGCUGUCACUGCACCUAGUCAGGGUGAAGUUGUGCUGAUUACUACUCAACAGCCUGCUGAACAGGAAGCAGCCAUGCAGUCAAGUGGAGAGCCUACUGAUCACUUGUUCUAUCCUAGCUGGUAUAAUAAGACUCAGCAACGGCAAACAAACAAUUCAAAUACAGUCCCAGUGACCGAAACUAGGCAGGUAGGGCCUUCUGUUCCUGUAGAGGUGAAUGUAAAGAAGACAGAAACAGCUACAGCAAAUGGGAGUACUGGUGUGAGUAGUAAGGAAACUAAUACACCCACAGCUGCUUCACAGACUGGGUCUGACCCAUCCCCUCAAGGGCAAGGAGAAGGUCAGCCUGGGAGCAGUGAAAGAGCUGAGGAGCCAGCUCGACAUGUUUUCUCUUUCUCCUGGUUGAACUCAUUGAACGAAUAAUAACUCUCAAUCCAGCUGACUUCUGGUAUACAUUCUGGAGGAAUUCAUAGGCAGCAAAUGACUUGGCUGGAACUAACAAGAAAUGAUAUAUUAAAAGGUAUGGAGGAUCAUAUUUUAUCCAAAGAACUUUGUUUGAAAACUCUCACUGGGUCUGAGAUGCUUGGAUCUAAUUUGGGAAAGGGACUAGAAGGAAGGGGGAGAAACAGCUGAUAGCUAAUAAUGAAGCAGCUGAGGGUCAAGUUCAUAUUGUGAGGUAAUGGCAGAUAUCAAAUAACCUUUCUACUUGACAAACAAAUGGAUACUGAGUUUAUGUAACAAACCUGUAUGGAUAAUAGUCAGUCUGAGAUACAACCAAGCUACUCCUUGCAAGUUGCGAUUCUCACAUGAACUGAUCCAAAGUGUGCGCAAACAAAUUCAAUGUCAGAAAGUAAUGUGCUGAAAAUAAACACUCUGUUAUUGUUAUUGCAAGUGGUAAACACACGUUAAACAUGUUCAUAAAUGUCUUGGAAAUCCUUAUAUUGUUAUGUAUGUGCUUUAGCAACAUUGUUAGAUGUUUCAUUAAUGGCAUUAUUGUUAAUAAAAAUUUAGACUUUUCA